UGUUCCAACAGAAUUGCCUUCUUCUUCCUUGUCAAAAAUGGCCGCCAUCGCCAUUUCCUUCCUCAUGCUCUUCUCCCUCAUUGCAUCCACCUUAUCUCACACUCAGAGUCCAACCUUCAUGGCCUUCGUCCUCAACGCCACCGCCCUUCCGCCCCACGAUUCGUUUGACUACAUAAUAGUCGGCGGUGGCACCGCCGGUUGCCCCUUGGCCGCCACAUUGUCUCUCGACCACCGAGUCUUGCUUCUUGAAAGAGGCGGUCCUCCUCAUCUCAACCCCAACGUCAUGACACAAGAAGGUUUCAUCCCCACGCUCCGCCAAGUCGAUCCCUUCCAUUCCCCCGCCCAACCCUUCACUUCCGAGGAAGGAGUUCCCAAUGCCCGCGGCCGCGUUCUCGGCGGCAGCAGCGCCAUUAACGCCGGCUUCUAUAGCCGAGCCGACGAUCAAUUCUACAACCGAUCAGGAAUCAGUUGGGAUCCCAAUCUUAUCGAGCGCUCUUAUCAAUGGGUCGAGAAAGCCAUCGUGUUUGAACCCGAAUUACAGUCAUGGCAGUCCUCUCUUCGUGAUGCAUUAUUGGAAAUCGGUGUUCAACCUUAUAACUCCUUUACUUUCAAACACUCUCUUGGGACCAAGAUCGGUGGUUCCACCUUCAACAGCUCCGGCCAUAGACACAGCGCCGCCGAUCUUCUAAAUUACGCUAGAGAAACCAACAUCAAGGUGGCUGUCUACGCCACCGUGGAAAGGAUCUUGUUCGCACCUUCCGAUUCUCCGACCUCCAAGGAGAACGCCAUCGGCGUCGUUUUCUGUGAUAACUUGGGCCGUUAUCACCAUGCAAUGCUCAGGGAGAAAGGAGAAGUCAUCCUCUCCGCCGGCGCAAUUGGUAGCCCCCACCUGCUGCUUCUCAGCGGAAUCGGGCAGCGAAACUACCUCUCUUCUUGGGGCAUACCCGUCGUAACUCAUUCUCCGUUCGUGGGACAGUUUGUGUACGAUAACCCACGAAACGGAAUAUCGUUUGUGUCACCGAUGCUAUUGCAGCAUUCUCUCAUACAGGUGGUGGGCAUCACCGAUUCAGGUGCUUAUCUGGAAGCAUCCUCCAACGUUCUCCCUUUUCCCACUCCUGUCCACUCCGUUUUCAUGCGGCCACCGUCUUCUCCGUUAUAUUUCAGUGUUGCAAGCAUCAUGGAGAAGAUCAUCGGACCUGUGUCCGCGGGAUCACUUGGGUUGGUGUCGACAGAAAUCAGAGCGAACCCAAGCGUGCGUUUUAACUACUUCAGCAACCCAGUGGAUUUGCAGAGGUGCGUGAAUGGAACUCGUAAGAUUGGUGAGUUGCUUAGAAGCCGAGCAAUGGAUGAUUACAGAUUCUGGGGAUGGUCGGGUGGCGACUUUAGAUUUGUGGGGCCAGGAUUGCCGGAGAACCAAUCGAGUGAUGUGGAGAUGGGUGAGUUUUGCCGGCGGACGGUGAACACAAUAUGGCAUUAUCAUGGGGGAUGCUUGGUGGGGAGGGUGGUGGAUGAGAAUUUGAAGGUGAUGGGGGUUGGGUCUCUUCGAGUCAUUGAUGGUUCCACCUUUUCAAUUUCACCAGGGACUAAUCCACAGGCGACUCUAUUAAUGCUUGGAAGGCACAUGGGUUUGAAGAUCUUGAAGGAGAGAAUGCAAAAAACAACCAUUUGAGACCUUCUCAUUUUGUAGUCAUUCAUAUAAUACAAACAAUUCUUGUUUUUCUUUUUCUUUUUCCUUUUCCUUUUCUUUAUCAUAAUAAUAAAUAGA